GCGGGGGAAACGCGACUGCUGCCGGCUCCGUGGAGUCCCCAUUCCCUGCCUCCCGCACUUUCCAGCUCAGCUCCUUCUGGUGAUGCUUGCGGGGGACGGGACAGGAGCUCUCGGCAGGGGCUACGGCCCUAAGGAAUGAGCCUCGGCGGUCUCUCCUCACGCCAGCCUUUGGUCCAAACCAGACAAGUCUGAUUUCUUCAAGUCCUGAAGGAUGCGAGUAACUUAAGCGGUCUGUGUCGCGGUACCCACCUGGGCACGGCUACCUGCCUGGAGGAACCAACCUGUCGUACGUCAUUGUUGCUUUACGCCGUUUGCAAGACUGUUCUGCAGCCUCCCUCCCUGCAAAGAGUCUCAUAAAGGGCACCUUCCAUUUCUGUCGCGAGCUGAUAACCUCUUACUCGUAUAAAAAUGAUGGUCUGAAGGAGGGAGGGCUCUGUAGAAUAAGUGGCCACGCCGUGACGUUUAAUGCGAUGGCUGUUGGUGCAGGGGUACUUAAUUGGGGGGUACUUCUUGCUGUUGUGUGUAGGUGACACAUCUGACUGGGUUCUCUCUUUUCGCAGGGUAAGAGUGAGCCCUGUGGAGACGCGCUAGAGGGACCCCCCCCCCCCACCCCCCCCAUUUCGCAUCCUGCUAAGUGGACUAUGGUGGCAGGAAGAUGUUGGCUCGGAAGAGUAUUAUCCCUGAAGAGUACGUGUUGGCACGGAUCGCUGCCGAGAACCUGCGCAAGCCGCGGAUCCGAGACCGGCCACGCAAAGCCCGCUUCAUCGCCAAGAACGGGGCAUGCAACCUGGCCCACAAGAACAUCCGCGAGCAGGGGCGAUUCCUGCAAGACAUUUUCACCACCUUGGUGGACCUGAAGUGGCGUCACACGCUGGUCAUCUUCACUAUGUCCUUCCUGUGCAGCUGGCUGCUCUUCGCCAUGAUGUGGUGGCUGGUGGCUUUUGCCCACGGCGACAUGGACCCGAGCACAGAAAGCGCCACGAACAGCACAAAGUGGACACCCUGCGUGACGUGCGUCAGGUCUUUCACCUCCGCUUUCCUCUUCUCCAUUGAAGUUCAGGUGACCAUUGGUUUUGGGGGCAGGAUGAUGACAGAGGAAUGUCCCUUGGCCAUCACAGUCUUGAUCCUGCAGAACAUUGUGGGUCUGAUCAUCAAUGCUGUCAUGCUAGGCUGCAUAUUCAUGAAAACUGCACAAGCUCACAGGCGGGCUGAGACCUUGAUUUUCAGCCGGCAGGCGGUCAUUGCAGUUCGAAAUGGCAAACUCUGCUUCAUGUUUCGAGUGGGAGACCUGAGGAAAAGCAUGAUCAUUAGUGCCUCAGUGAGGAUCCAGGUUGUGAGGAAGACUACCACCCCUGAAGGAGAAGUCAUACCCAUUCACCAAGUUGAUAUCCCUGUGGAUAACCCCAUUGAAAGCAACAAUAUUUUCCUUGUGGCUCCUUUAAUCAUUUGCCAUGUCAUAGACAAGAGGAGUCCUCUUUACGAUAUCUCUGCUGCUGACCUGGCGCUCCAGGACCUGGAGCUCAUCGUGAUACUUGAAGGAGUCGUAGAAACGACUGGCAUCACGACCCAGGCGAGAACCUCCUACAUAGCAGAGGAGAUCCUGUGGGGUCACCGCUUUGUGCCCAUUGUCACUGAAGAGGAAGGCGUGUACGCAGUUGACUACUCCAAGUUUGGCAACACCGUCAAAGUGGCGGCCCCGCGCUGCAGCGCUCGAGAGCUUGACGAGAAGCCAUCCAUUCUCAUCCAGACCCUGCAGAAGAGCGAGCUGUCCCACCAAAACUCCCUCCGGAAACGCAACUCCAUGAGGAGAAACAACUCCAUUCGGAGGAGCAACUCCAUGAGGAGAACCAAUCCCUCCCUUAUCGUGCCCAAAGUGCAGUUUAUCACGCCUGAGGGGAGCCAGAGCACCUCAGAAACGUGAUGCGCAGCUCCGGGUGAGGCCAGUGGGCUUCGGCAGGAGGUGGCACCCAUGGUGUUUAAAUGGUCUUUUACUUAAGAAAAAGAGAACACGAAGCAGAAAAGAACCAUGCAAGAAGUAUUUAUUCUAUUACUUACUGAAAGCACCACCUAAUGGCGUUAGGAAACACUUUAGCACUUAGUUUAUGAAUUAAUAGAAAAAAUGGCACGUACGCUAAAGAAAACACAGUUCACUCAUGUAAUAUAAUGUGUAUUUAUACUUGUUUUAAUGGCAUGCUAAUGUUUUAAUCAUGUUUUUUCUUAUCAAGGAUCUCUUAUCUUUUUCUGCCGGCUGUCACAAAACGUGUUUUUAUCUAUAUAAGUGGGUCACCCACCUGCAGGCAGAAGCGAGUGCUUUUUCAAAACUGAUUUCCAACUCCCACAGAUUUUGUGUGGGAUAUUUGGAUAUUGAUCUUUUUUUUUUGAUUAAUUCCUUGUACUCUUGAAAGGAGUAGCUAAAUUCCUCAGUGAUCUCCCUGGAGAAGAGCCAGGAUUUUACCUUGCGUUUUCCAGAUCUUUUCUUUCCAUUGCUUCAUGGAAAAGGCAUUUUGAGAGCAAAUUCAGGUCAGCUGAAGUGACCUUGACCGUCCCACAGGAACACUGGUCCCACUCUGGGCAGCACCGGCAGAAGAACCAGCAAAACAGCACGACCUCUUGCAGAGCACUGCUCUUCUUCUCAGGGUGAGAUACUCCACUGCAAGACAGCACGCAUCUGUAACACAGCUGUAGCCCAAGCUGAGGAACUCAAGUCUUCCCAGCUGCCACCUGAGCGAAAUUCCAUUUCACUGAAAUUAUUCAAGCUGAAAAAAGCACACGCCUCUCUAACAUCCUCUUCCUACCGGUGGAAGACCAAAUCUAGGUUUGUUUUCCUUAUAGAGUCAUACACUGAAGACAACAAGUGUACUUCCUUCACUCACAGUAUUUUUUUGUAGCAUUAAGUCUGUCUGCUUCAGCAGAAUGUUACUUUUUGCCAGUGGGGAUUCACAAGUGGGAAUGAGAGGGAACCAUGCCAGUAAUAUUAAAGAGAGUAUUUUCAAAUUUUCAGGAGGACUUGGGCACUGAUGCUAAAUUACUAUUUUUCAGCAGUCUCACCUGUGGUUUUAUACGACAUGGCAUUGAGAAUUGGUGGCAGGCAGCUUUUCUCUUCAAAUUUAAACAAGUGUUUAGUGUCUAGAUCCUUCUCAAAAAUGUCAUCACAAGUUUUUCUACAAGAAUAAAUAAAUGUAUGACAACUAAUUAUAUCACAUUUGGUAAGGCUAAAUUGAUGCAUGCUUUUUUCCUCCACGAAUAAGAAGUAUAAUGAUGGACAAAUUCCUGUUCAAAUUUCUUACAGACGUUGCCUUAUGUCUGUGGCUCAAGAGAAGCAUUAGCCCCGUGCUGACUCUCUGAGCCACUCAACCACUUAAAUACUUCUAUAAUUUUAAAUAUUUGCUUAUUCCUAUCAGGUGAAAUAGUCAAAAGCAAUGGGGGGGGUUCUCUUUCUCUUUGGAAGUCAGUUCUUCAAAACUUGUAUGAACGGUUUGUGGGCUUCGUGCGGUGUUGGGUGGGCACGGAGGGGCAUUGCUCUGUAGUGUAGGCUCCUUGCAUUUAGAGCAGGUGCCCUCCAGAAAAUAAACACUGACAAAAUAGUUCAUCUGAAGCAGUAGUGGAAACUGAAGUUUCUGUUAAAAGCAUUCUAUUCCCUGGCCUGUCCAUUAAUGCUCUGGAAGAAUGGAUGGUGAACAUCUGGAGACAUUAAUCUGUCCAUUGUGUGUACAAACAAUGAACAUCUGUAGCUUCCAAGAAGAGUCAGAGUGAAGCAUAUGCGAUUUGUCUCUGGCCUCUGUUUCCAGGACUGUGAAUUUCUUUGAGGCUGUCUGUUUAAUAAAUGGUUAAGUCAGAUGCUGUACAAAAGCAAAUUUUCUACAAAAUAAAAAAGUGACAAUA